AUGGAAAUUGCAGCUGCUAUUGGAGGUGCUCUUCUAGCACCUGCCUUUGAGUCUUUGGUUAAUAAGUUGGCUUCCCAGGACUUGCUCAAUUAUGCCCGUAAAAGGCAUGUGCUGACUGAAAUCAACAAGUCGAAGGAGAUGUUGGAGAGCAUCUAUGGCGUUCUUGAGGAUGCAGAGGAGAAGCAGAUGGUGAUCAGCUCGGUGAAGACGUGGGUGAGCCAGUUGAGGAACCUGGCAUAUGAUUUGGAGGACAUUCUUGAUGAGUUUGAUUUUGAGGCUCGUCGAUCCAAGUUGAAAGCUAAACCUGUGACUGGUUCAAGUAGGGUACGAAAGCUCUUCCCUAAUAUUCGUGCUGUUAAAUUCAAUAAAGAGAUGAUUUCCAAGAUAAAGGAAAUUAGUUCCCGAUUAGAAAAGAUCAACUCACAAAGAAAUCAACUAGAUUUGAGAGAAAGGCCCGGUAGAUCCAGCGAAAGGAUUCCUGCGACGUGCUUGCGAAGGUCGCUCUAUAUCUAUAGUUGGACUGGGAGUAUUGGUAAGACAACUCCAACUCUAGCGCAGCUUAUCUUUGAUGAAGCUGGAAAGAAGUUUGAUUUGACGGCUUGGGUUUCUGUCGGUGAAGAUUUUGACGUGGUUAGACUUACAAAAACAGUUCUUGAGUCGGUUCGCGGAGAUUCUACUUCCAACGAUUUGAAUUCGCUUCAGUUAAACCUGAAGGCAAAGCUGUCAGAGAAGAAGUUUUUUAUGGUUCUAGAUGAUGUUUGGAACGAGAAUUAUGACCAUUGGACAAUCUUUCUUCGCCCCUUUGAGAAUGGGGCAAAAGAAAGUAGAAUUAUCGUCACAACUCGCAAUCUUGGCGUUUCACGGACGAUGGGUGCUAUUCAAAGUUAUACACAACACUUGGGAGUGUUGGAGAAUGAUGAUUGCCUAUUACGCGAAUUCGAUGAGGAUGAGUUUGUUCUACAUGAGGAUGAGUUGGUUCUACAGUGGAUGGCUGAGGGAUUUGUACAGCACGCACAGGAAAUGAAGCAAAUGAAACGCUCGGGUCAUCUAUAUUUCCAUGAUUUAUUAUGGAGAUCCUUUUUUCAACAAUCUACUGGCAAUAAAUCACGAUAUGUGAUGCAUGACCUACUCAAUGAUCUAGCUAAAUCUGUAGGUGGAGAAAUAUGCCUUCAUUUGGACGAUGACGAGUUGAAGGGCAUAAAAUCACAUGCAAACGUUCGCCAUUCAGCAUUCACUUGUCAUCGCUAUGAAAGGUACCAAAGAUUUGAAGACUUUUAUGAGAUGAGUAAUCUGCGAACAUUCUUAGCAUUAUGGACUGAUCAAUGGCGACUUAAUUUUUUAUCUAUUAGAGUGGUGCAUGACCUAGUGCCACAAACUGAAACGUUUAAGGGUGCUUCACUAGCUCGAUACCAGUCUUGA